GGAGCCUUCCAACAGCAGGAAGAACUUAAGAGAGAAGUUAAAUACUGGAGCUCAGCUCAGGCUCAGGAGUUAGACUGCUUUGACUUCUCAGGCAUCAUGAAGGUCCUGAUUCUUUUGGGUCUUGUCUUCCUCCCCAUGCUAGCUCAUGGCAAGGUCUACGAAAGAUGUGAAUUGGCAAGAAUCCUGAAGCAAAAUGGGAUGGAUGGCUACAGAGGUAUCAGCCUGGCCAACUGGGUGUGCUUGGCAAAAUGGGAAAGCAAUUAUAACACACGAGUCACAAACUACAACUCUAGAGAUCGAAGCACAGAUUAUGGAAUAUUUCAGAUCAACAGUCGCUACUGGUGCAAUGAUGGGAAGACCCCUAGAGCUGUGAAUGCGUGUGGCAUCUCAUGUAGAGAUCUUUUAACAGAUAAUAUCAGCAAAGCUAUAACCUGUGCAAAGAGGGUUGUCCGUGAUCCCAGUGGCAUUCGGGCAUGGGUGGCAUGGAGAAACCGUUGCCAAGGAAAGAAUCUUUCCUCUUAUAUCCAAGGUUGCCGUCUUUAGAUUGCUGGUUUCAAAUUAUUCACCUUGUCUUGAUUUUUCUUCAUUUAAGGAGCUUUUUCAGUUAAAUGUUGUAAUCCCUUAAUAAAAUGAUCUCAAAUAAAGCAGACACACAGAAAGAC